GUACGCUCGUCUUCAACCAUGAAAAACAGUCCAGACCUGGAUUCUCAUAGCCUGUGCACACCUGUGGAUCCUCUGUGGGCGCAGCAGCAGCAGCAGCAGCCAGGAUGAUCCCUGUCAAUGAACUCAAAUCCCUCGGCAUUGAGCAGAAUUCAAAGCUACGUGUCCUGAAACCAUGGUGGGAUGUUUUCUCAGAGUACCUGUGCGUCGCUAUGCUCAUGAUUGGAGUCUUUGGGUGCACCCUGCAGCUCACCCAAGAUAAGAUUUCUUGCCUGCCCAGUCCCCUCACCAGCCCAACGCCUGAAGCAAUCGACUGCAGCCACAUCCGUAGCUACAAGGAAAAUGAGACACAGCGUCACACGCUGGUCAAACCUGCCACCCCCAUCAUCCGGGAGGUGUUUGGCCGCAAGAACAAUUUGGACAUCCACCAGUACCUGUUUGUCAACUACUACUGCUAUGAGAGGUUUGUCCACUGGUAUGCAAAGUACUUCCCAUACCUGGUUGUGAUCCACACUUUGAUCUUCAUGGUAGCGAGCAGCUUCUGGUUCAAGUUCCCUGGGACAUCGUCCAAAAUUGAUCUCUUUGUGACCAUCUUGGGGAAGUGUUUUGAUUCACCCUGGACCACGCGAGCCCUGAGUGAAGUUUCUGAGGAAAGAGGAGAGGAGAAACUUGUCAUUUUGAGGAGGAAUACCACCUCAAAGGACCAUGCAGAGCGACGGGCAGACGAGGAGGAGAGUGUGGGGCUGCUUCGCUCCUCCUCUGUCAAGUCUAAUCCAGAAAAGAAACCUGCAGAGCCUCAGUCGUCCCUUUCUGUCUUAGAUAAGAAAGAAGGAGAGCAGGCCAAAGCUCUGUUUGAGAAGGUGAAGAAGUUGCGAACUCAUGUGGAAGAGGGAGACCUCUUGAAUGUCAUGUAUGUGCUACAAACCUCCCUCAAGGUCUUCAAGUUUGUGUUAAUUAUUAUCUACACUGCAGUGAUGGCGCCAAAUGUUGAGAUUAUUGUGCGCUGUUUAGUGCCUCCUGACUUGACUGGUUUUGACAUCUAUUGCUGUAACCACAACAAAGCCCAUCUUUUCUCUAAGUUAGCCUACUGCUACAUCUGCUUUGUUGGAGUGUAUGGAAUCCUGUGCAUAUAUUCCCUCUACUGGCUUUUUCAUCGGCCUCUGAAGAUUUACUCCUUUGAGCAGGUCAGACUAGAGACGGGUAUUAAUGACAUACCGGACGUAAAGAAUGAUUUUGCGUUCCUCUUGCACCUUGUGGACCAAUAUGAUGCCCUUUACUCGAAAAGAUUUGCCGUCUUUCUUUCUGAGGUCAGUGAGAGUCAUCUCCAUCAGCUCAACCUUAACUAUGAGUGGACUGCCAAAAAGCUGCGUGCCCGGCUUGCCAAGAACACAAGUAACCUCCUGGAGCUACACCUGUUAAUGUUACCAGGGCUUCCUGACACCGUCUUUGAGAUCCCAGAAGUGGAAUCACUCAAACUGGAGCAAGUUAAAAACGUCACUAUUCCAACAAGUGUGGCCAAGCUAGAAUCUCUGCGGGAGCUAUCGCUGAUCUUCUGCCCUACAAAGGUCCAGCUGCCCGCCCUGACCCACCUGAAGGAAAAGUUAAAGGUCCUUAAUUUAACUUUUGAAAGUUUAGAGGAUGUACCUGUGUGGAUUUAUACUCUGCAUAACCUGGAGGAGUUAAAUCUGAAUGUUCCUCUGAAUGAGGUAGCUAGGGGUGGCACCCUGGAAUCCUUCCGAGAGCUUCGAGCUCUGAGAGUCCUCACUCUUUGCUCCAGCAUUUCAAAGAUCCCACAGAGCAUAGGGGAUGUGGCAUUUCAGCUGCAGAGGUUGUGCAUCUACAAUGAAGGUAUCAAGCUCCAAGCGUUCAGCAGCCUCAAGAAGUUAACCAACCUGGUCUCAUUGGAGUUGGUGGGCUGUGAGUUGGAGCGCAUCCCAAGUGCUGUCUUCAGCCUCAACAAUCUACAGGAGUUGGACCUGAAAGACAACAAACUAACCACUGUGGAGGAGAUUUUAAGCUUGCAGCACUGUCGCCGUUUAGUGACACUCCGACUGUGGCACAAUAAAAUCACCUACAUCCCUGAUCACAUCAGUAAGCUGCACUCCCUGGAGGUGGUAGACGUUAGCUGGAACAAGCUAAGAAAGCUGCCCUCGCGGCUGUUUUACUGCACCAAGCUCAGGCACAUCGACGUCUCCCACAACCAACUCACCUCUCUACCUCCUGAGGUGGGCAUCCCACAGGGUCUCCAGUUCUUCUCUGCUGCGUUCAACUCUCUAGAGACACUGCCAGAUGAGCUGUUCUCCUGCAAAAGACUAAAGACCUUGGUUCUGGGAAACAACUGCCUGUCAUAUCUGAGCUCCAGAGUGGCCAAUCUGGCCCAGCUGGUCCGUCUGGAGAUUAAAGGGAACCGUUUGGAGUCUCUACCAGUGGAAAUAGCGGAUUGUCCCCUGCUGAACCUCAGUGGGUUGAUCGUAGAGGAGAACCUGCUGGAUCUGCUGCCGUCAGAUGUGCGAACCAGGCUAAAUAAUGGUUAAUUGUCAGUGGUUGCACAAAGGAGCAAAGAGGAUACCAUGACCAGUCACAACUGAACACAAAAGGAAAACAAGGCUAAAAACUGAAUUUUACUUUAAGUUCUCUGUGUUGAUAAGUGGAAAAAAAAAAAGAUCAUAGCUCACAUGUUUUUUGAAUACAUUUAUUCAAAAGAUACCUUUUGUAAAUAUUUUUACUGGAUUCAUUUUUAUCAUGUCCAUUAGUGUAUUUAUUUUUUCAUAAAAUAUAAUGUAAAUUGCAUAUAAAUGUGAAAAUUGGCAAGGCGUAUUUUAAUGCAAAAUCAGACUACUGUUAUCUAAUAUAAGGGCUGAAGACUUGACAAUAAAAAAAAUCAAUGAGAAAGACA